ACACGCCCAGCAAGUUUGUGCAGAGACACUGUGGAAGUAGAGGUAGAAGUGCCUGGUGCCCUUUAGUUUUACUCGCCUUUACUUUGACGUUAAGCUGGCGAGCACUCUUUUUUGUACUUCUCUAGUUCACUGUUCAUUUUGUCUGCACAGCAAUGCCAGUUAAGAAUAGGAAAGUGGCUCUAAUGGGAUUCAGAGCUGUUGGGAAGUCAUCUCUGACCAUCCAAUUUGUUGAAAAUCAUUUUGUAGAUUCAUACGAUCCAACUAUUGAGAAUACAUUUCAAAAGUCCGUAUCUUACAAAGGACAAGAUUAUUUAAUUAAUGUUGUAGAUACAGCCGGUCAGGACGAAUAUUCUAUAUUUCCUCGCUCAUACACAGUUGAUGUUGAUGGCUACCUUCUAGUGUAUUCAGUUACUUCAAUGAAGAGUUUUGACACAGUUAAGGUAAUCCGUGAUAAGUUACUGGAUCAAAGUGGAACAACAAACAUUCCAUUAGUUCUUGUUGGUAAUAAAACUGAUUUACACAUGCAAAGAGUCAUAUCAACAGAAAUGGGUAAGAAACUAGCAGCCGAUUGGAAAGCGUCUUUUGUUGAGUGCUCAGCAAAACAAAAUGAGGGCGUUGAAGAGAUAUUUCAAAAAAUAUUACAGCAGGUGGAACAGGUACAAGGGAAUGAUCCUGAGAGUGGCUGUACUAUAUUGUAAUUACAUGCACAAAAUUAUGACUGGCUUUCUAUUGCUGUCUCUCUCUCUCCCUCCCUCCCUCUCCCUCUCUCUCUUUC